UCUUCAAGUUCAAGACCAACGCAAUGGCAUUCCAAGCGAUCGUUAAUGGAGCAGAUUGUGGACCAUCCAAUCCACUUCAAAGUUUACUAAAACAUAUCGAAAGAGAUCCUAAAUCUAAUCAACUUGAUCAUUUCUCUCAACUUGAAUCUUCGACUUCUUCGGCUUCUUCUUCUUCUUUCUUAUCGAAUGAAAACCAAAGUAAUUUGAAAGAAACUCAAGAUUUCUUGAAUCCUACUUCUCACUUCAAUCCUCUUCAUCAUCAUCAACAACAUCAUCAUCAUCAUGAGAAUUUGUUGAAUCAUCCACACUUUUCGGGUUCUCAUAGAGAUUCUCAUCAAGAGUUUUUACCACAUCAUUUGAAUUCUACUACACAUUCGAUCAUCACACCAGAAGAAAUCAAUCGUAUGGAAAGAUCAUUCCAAGGACCACCAACCCGGAACGAAACUAGAUUUCCAAACGAACAACCAAAAGAAUGGACACAAGAGUUUUCAUCAUCUGCCAUCGAAACUGGUCAAGUGGAUCCAAUCUCUGAAAGUUCAAGUACUUAUCACCCUAGAUCUAACUUUGGAAUGGGUCCGAACCGGUUCAUGAAUCAGUUUAGUCAGCUAGGAGGUCUAGGAGGAGGUUUACAUGAUAUGAUGGGAUCUUCUUCUAUGAUCUUCAACUCUGGUUUACCCAUCACUCAAGCUCAAGCUCACGCUCAAAACCAAUCACAAUCACAGAGCAGCCAAUUGAUUGAAUUAUCAGAUGAGAAUUGGGAAGCCGAAUUUGCAAAAGUAGGGAUCUCGGACCGAUCUGAAACCAAAGCCGAUGAAAGCGUUGGGCAAACUGAACAAAAUAGAAGAGCAGUAGAUGAAGAAAGUUCAAGCAGAGAAGAAGAGUUAGAAUUAGAAGAAGCAGAUGAUGCAGCAUUUAUGAGAUCAUUAGAAACUACAUGGAAGAAUUUAAAUUUGACGGGUUCGAUUAAUGAAUCUGAACUUCAUGGAUGGUCAGAAGAAUUUGAAAAACUUAAUUCAGAGUAUCAUUCAUCAUCGAUUUUAAAUAGUGAGAACAUUGCCGAUUUUCUAAAAGAUCCCAAACCUUAUCCAUACCAAACUGAACAUAAUCCAUAUAAAGAUUUAGAAGAUCCAUUAGAAGAAGGUAAAAGAUUAAUUUCAAUGGGAGCACCGUUGAGUGAAGCUGCAUUAGCAUUCGAAGCAGCAUGUCAAUUGAAUCCGAAUCGAGGAGAAGCUUGGAGAAUGUUGGGAGAAACGAAUGCAGCGGAUGAAAAGGAGUUUUUAGCGAUCAAAGCCUUUGAAAAAGCCAUUGGAUGUGGAGGGAUCGAUGGUGAAGCUUCUUGGAUGGCUUUAGCGAUCGGAUGGGUGAAUGAAGGUUAUGAACUUAGAGCCUUAGCUACACUUGAAAGAUGGUUAGAACUUACUUAUCCUAAUGUGAUUCGAAAGAUGAAAUCCGAUUCGAUCCAUCAAACCCAUCAUAAUCCUUGGGAACGACAUUCUAGAGUCGUCGAUUUGUUUUUAGAAGCCGCUAGAGCUGGACCUAAACUUAGAGAAGGAGAAGCUAAAGAAUCGAUUCAAAGUCAACCAGUCGAUGCUGAAAUUCAAAUCGGAUUAGGAGUUUUGUUUUAUAGUAAUAAUGAUUUCUUAAGAGCUAAAGAUUGUUUUGAAUCAGCUUUGAAUGUGAAACCGAAUGAUUAUCUUUUAUGGAAUCGAUUAGGUGCUACUUUGGCAAACGGAGGUGAACCUGAAGAAGCCAUUGAAGCUUAUCGAAAAGCCUUGGAGAUCAGACCGAAUUUCACUAGAGCGAUUUAUAAUCUUGGAGUCUCUUGUAUGAAUAUUAAUUGUUUUAAAGAAGGAGCUGAACAUCUUUUAGCUGCGAUUUCGUUACAUCAGAAAUCAUGUGAUGUAGGGAAGAAUGGUCAAAUGAAGAUUGAUGGUGAUCAAAUCGGUUUGGAAAAUCAACCACAUGAUGUUUUACCUGAUGGUGAUGGUAGUCAAAACUUAUAUAGAACUUUACAGCGUGCAUUUAUUUGUUUAGAUCGUCAAGAUUUAGCUGAUCGAGUGAAGUUUGGAGUUGAUGUUGAGAUCUUUAAGAGUGAAGGAUUUGAAUUUUGAUUCAAAAGACAAGAAAAGAAGAGAGAAAUCAAUUGAAAGAAAAUGAAAAAAAAGAAAAGUUGAGAAGUAUACUUAUCUUUAUAGGGAAAAGAGGUAUAAGAUUGAUGGUUUUAUUAGGUUACUUUUCUCAAUGUUUUUUAAUGAGAAGAUCAAAAUCAACUUGGGUUCUUCUCUGUUUACAUGAUACGUAAAUUUGUCUUUUUGCAAGAAAAAAAUCCGGGUUUCUCUUUCCUUUCUCUCUUUCUCUCUUUCUUUCUUUCUCCUUUCUUUCUUUCUCCUUUCUUUCUUUCGUUUAAUGUUCAUUUAUUUUUUAAAAAUCAUUUUUACAUAUUAUUUACCAAAAACAAACAGAUUAUGAUGUAAGAAAGAUAAAGUGUUGUACUAAUGUUUAGGGGGUUACUUUUUUUUGUUUUUUAUCAAGUCUUUCUUUAUCUCUUAAUUAAAGAAAUUGUGGUAUGUGAUACAAUGUUUUAUUUCUCUGAUCUUUUUUAUUAGUAUCUUAUAGACUUUUUCAUGUUCAUUUUGAUUUGAUUCAGAUGUUGUUUUUUUCUUCUCUUUUUGAAUGAGUUUAAUUUGUAAUCUUUUUAUAAAAAAAAAUUGGUUUUUCUUUCAUUUUUGAUGAUGAAUUGAUUUGUACAAAUUUUAAUCAGU